AUGGCUUAUGACUUAGAUUUCAAAGUUUUCACAGACGUUGUCUCCGGUGAUGAGCUUGCUUCAGACGCAUACCCAAUGAAGGAGGAAGGCCCAUUCUUGACUAUCGAUUGCGAAGUAAUCACCGUCGGCGGUGAAGGCGCUGAUAUCGGUGGUGACGAAGGCGGUGUAGACGAUUCUAAGGAGCAAAAGAUCAACUUGGUUCACUCUUUCGGUUUGAAACAAACUCAAUUCGACAAGAAGUCAUACACCGUUCACUUGAAGGACUACAUGAAGAACGUCGUUGAUCACUUGAAGGCCAACAACCCAGAGCGUGUUGAUGGCUUCAAGGCUGAAGCUCAAGCUGGCUUGAAGGAACUCUUGUCCAAGUUUGGUGACCUCGAAUUCUUCAUGGGAGAGUCAUUGUCUACAGAUGGUCAAGUCGCUCUCCUUAACUACCGUGAAGACGGUAUUACUCCUUACUUCACCUUGUGGAAGGACGGUCUCAAGGGACAAAAGAUCUAG